GAGACCGGCGGCUGAGCUCGAAAUAAGGGGUGAGGAUGAAGUGCGAGGGACGCACAGGAGGACAAGUCCCGGCGGGUUUUUAACGGACGAAGAAGAGGAGGAUGAAGAAUGAACGCUGAUACUUUAUAACGGGAGGAAGAGGAGCGAUGCAGAGGAAGAGGAGCUGAAGCGGCCUGCAGGGCCACGGACUCGAACCGGGUCCAUCCUGCACGGAUUACCGACCGGACCGGAUGUCACGCCUGCCUUUUUUCCCCGCAACCAUGCACAGAAACUGUUAGACGCUGAAUGUGAACGCGUGCUGCUGCAACAUCUUGCGUUUGUGUGUGAGUGUUUGCGUGUGUGUGCGCGCGCGCGAGUGUGCCACUAUGAGUCUGGUCUCGGGUUUUCCUCACCACCCGGUCAUGCACCACCACGAGAGUCAUCACUACUCGCUGCACGCGGCGGCGGCUGCGGCGGCGGCGGGUCGGUGUCACGAGGACGCCGGAGCGCCGCCGUACUUCACCAGCUGGCUCAUCAGCCACGCGGACAUGUCUCCCACAGAGUACAGCCUGGCGCCCGGCUACAGCCCGGAGUACCACGGCAACAGCAGCGGCGGCUCCAGCGGCGGCCUCGACCCGCACCAUCACCACCAUCACCACCACUAUGCGCCCGGCGGCCUGGUGCCGGCGGCCGUGAACGGCGCGCCCGUCGGCAUGCACCACCAUCACCACCACCACGCGCACCCCCGCACCGUCAAGAGGAGACCGACGGCCAACCGGAAGGAGCGGCGGAGGACCCAGAGCAUCAACUCGGCCUUCGCGGAGCUGCGGGAGUGCAUCCCAAACGUCCCGGCCGACACCAAACUGUCCAAAAUCAAAACUCUGCGGCUGGCCACCAGCUACAUCUCCUACCUGAUGGACAUCCUGGACAAGGACGGAGAGCACGGAGACACGCAGGCCUUCCAGGCCGAGCUGAAGAAGACGGAGGCUCGGGAGGAGCGGAGGAAGAGAGAAACGGUGGAGAUCCCCAAGACAACUUCAACAUCGUCGUCGUCAUCUUCAUCGUCAGCGGCCGACAGGAAGACUAAAGGACGGACAGGAUGGCCUCAACAUGUCUGGGCUCUGGAGCUCACACAGUAGCUUGUUCUGCCUUUCUGCUGGCUGAUUGCACUCUACAAGGAGACAACGGCAGGACGAUAAACGCUGUCUGAGCAACUGUAACGCCGUGGUUGUCUCUCCGGGACAAGGCUGUUUGUCCAAAGGGAAAGACGGACGCUCUCUAGGCGCCCCGCACACUCCGUUCACCUUGGAGAUGAAGAAACGGCCUCUUCUUAACCAACCUCAGAUCUCCAUUACAUCCUGCACAACAAGGUGCCGGCUCUUCCGUACAAAGUUUGACCUUAGUUCUUCAUCUCUUGAAUUCCCCCUUAAAUGACCAAACGUGUGAAGCUGCCACAUUCUGUCUGCUUUAAUAAAGGUUUCAGUGAGGAUACAGUCAGCGUUGUAAGAUCUGAUAUUGUGACUUUACCGUGAGUUUACGGUGAAAUCAAAACGGCCUCAUCUACAAGCUUGGCUCAUCAAAGUAUCAUUUCUUCUGUCACUUAAAAAAGAUUGGAAUCCUAGCUAGAAUUUAAAUGUUCUAAGUUUUAACAGAGGAUGAAAUAAUACAUCCAAUAAUUACAAUACUGUGACCCAGACCAACAGUAAAUCCCCAUCUACAUGGCAAAACAGAAGACAACCAAGUCCAAUAACGGCAUUCUGUUUGAGAAGCAAAUGCACCGCUGACUGAAGAGGGGAUCAGAGAGGUCCAUAAAAAGAUACAUGUUUAUGUUGCUUUUGAGAAACGCGGUCUCAGUGACUAAAGUGACCAUCUAGCAAUUUAUUGACACAAGUCAAACGUAACACCAGACCUCGAAUUGGUGUAAAUACAUCUGUCAUUGGGAGAAUUUGAAUAAAACAAACUGCAUUGCCAUAAUUCAAAUAAAGAGGCAUAUUUCUUCAUAGUUUGGCCUGAAAUAUGCAUUUAUUUAAACAAUUUUUGUGUUUGAAAAAAAAAAACAAAACAGCAAUUUCUGAAACAUCAAACACUUCUCCAGUUUUCACAGAGUUAACCGAUUACAGACAUGUUUUAUUUUUUAAAUCAUGAUGUAAUACUUUUUGUAUACAAAUAAAACCACCACAAGCAGCAGCUAGACCACAUUAGCCACUGUAGCAAGCAGCAACAAGCUAUAAAAAACAUUAAUUCCAUGUUCCAUAACUGUAUUCUCCCUACUGCACAAGUCCUAACAG